UCUUUCUGCAGGCUGCGAUUCGAGACAUAAAUAAACCGAUAACCUGUUUUCCGCGGCGUUUGAUCUAUUUUGAUGUAAUAAAAUUAAAAGUAUUCGAGAAAAUUAAGGAAAUUUCCAUUUUGUCCUACCUCAGAGGGUCAAUAUAGGAUUUCGGCAGUGAACAGAAUGACAGCUGGUAAAUAGGCCACGAAGUUGACCUUGUGACCUAGAUAGAAAAACAAACAAGAUGUCUGCGCCCGUGCGGAACCUAGUGAAGGGCCUGAUUGAUGCCCACCGAGUCAUGGUCUUCUCUAAAUCAACCUGCCCAUUCUGUCUGUUGGCCAAGGACACGCUGAGGGAGGCAGGAGUCAGGGACUUGAAGGUGCUGGAGAUUGAGCUCAGACCAGAUGCUCCAGAUAUACAGAAGGUUCUAUAUGACAUUACGGGUAUCUCAACAGUGCCCAGUGUCUUCAUCGAUAAAGAGCACAUUGGAGGGGGAACGGACGUCCAACUCAAACAGGAAUCAGGAGAACUGGAGAAGUUGUUGAGAGAAAAGGGAAUCAUCAAUGGAAACGGCGAGGCGUGACCAGCAGGAAAGGAGAGGACUGUACUGAGCAUAAGUGUGAACGAUAUAAAUUUGCCAAUGGACUCCUGUGAAAUGCAAAUGAAAUGCCAGUUUAUUGCAGCACCUGUACUUGCAGCACGUGUAUUUCAUUGUAUUAAUUGUAUUCUAUAAUACCAUAGAGUUCUCUGGUGGUUUCGGGCACUUCAAGGAGUAACAGGCAGGGCGGUUUUUGGGUGCUACAGUGACUAAAGGUUAAUGGACAAAAAAUUUCAGGGGCAAUAUAAUAUUGAUGUUUGAAGUUAUUAUGAUUAUCUAUGAUUAUAUAUUGUGGGUAAUGGCAGCAGGUGUGGGGUAGGGGCGCUAAAUUCAUUUACAAAAAUCAUUUUCAGGUUUUAAAUGUACAUAGAAUGUAAUCUUUGUUUGGUGAAAACAGGGUCAAAUAUCAACCCACUGCCUUUCAUAAAAAUUCUACAUACAACUCUAAACGAUCGGUAAUAAACACAGCAAAAAAGAACAAGGUUUCACAAAUUCAACGGCCAAAUUGUUUUAAUGAAGUACUUCUUGCAAAAGUCAUUGUGAGCUAACCAACACAUAAAGUAUACAGCAAAAGGCCCCCCGAGAGCCAAUUUUGCUUCAUGUGGAAAGAAGUAACUGACCCAGUAUCUCAUGUUCACAGAGUUAAAGCUACUUGCAAAGCUUUAAGUAAUAAAAACCACCCAUUUAAAAAUGCACCAUAAAAAGUUCAGAUUUCUACAAGUAUUGAUAAAAAGAUUACGCUAGAGAUUUGUCUUAGUACUACACACAGCAUUUACUGUUUACUUUGGAAAAAAGAUAUCUUAUACAUUAAGGCAAGGGCAGUAGGAAAAACACAGCCACUGUGUAACAAUAUAAUAAAAAAUCAAAGUGAGCAAAGCAUGUUCAAGUUGAAUGUCCGAGAAUUUCUUGGGUGUACGGCUUCGAAACGGCGAAGUGUCAAAAACACACUUGUGAAAACAAGAGCUAAUCCCAUAUAAUUUUACACCGGUAUAUGUUAAUGGUAAUACAAUCUGAUAACGUCUAGACAACUCAGGGAACUACUGGUUUUUACUGAGUAACUUUUAAAUUACAUUCGCUUUUUCAGUCCGGUGGCAGUUCCUUUUUAGCCUUUUGGUUCGCUUGCUUGGAUUAUUGAAUAUUAAAAUUUAAAUUUACUCCGUUUUUUUAUUGUUGCAAUACAAAUUUUGACCGCCAACUUAAUUCAUAACAUUUUGUAGUAUAUAUAUUUCGACAAGUCUUCCAUUAAAUGUACAAUUUAUUGGUAUUCUACAAAUCAGUCAUACGCAGUCUGAACCAAGUACCGAGUAAAUGUAUUUACAUGCAAAAAAAAUAUACGCAGAAAGUUAAACAUUGGAGUAAAAAAUAAUUUGGGAGUUUUAGAUACAAUAAAUUUCAUAUUUACUCAGGAAAAAAAUAAUAAUAAAAUUUAGUACUGUACAGUGUACUGAUUAUAAAAUAUUCAAAUCACAGGGAUAAAAAAAUAAGAGAUGCAUAGCGAAGCAGCUACAUGUAUUAAUUUUGGAAAGUAUUUACAACUGAUUAUUGCCCUAAUAAAGAUUCUGUGUGUGUAUUCACAGAAUGGCAUGCACAAUUUUGAAGCGAACAUUUAAUCAGAUUUCAUUCUGGGCAGUUUAAUGUGGUUUUAAGCAUAGAAGGCCAGUACUGUUCCGUGCAUAAAACCUUCUGACUUUUUCAAAAUUAAAAACAUUUGCAGCAUAGAAUGAAAAUAGUCAUUUAGAAAGACAAGUCAAUUAGCCAAGUUUGUAAAACACAUAUACUGUUGACUGGUUCAUAUUCUUUUACAGUAAAUACAUAUUCAAA